AUGGAUCCUUGCCAUCUCGUUCCGUACGACAUCACUCACGAUGCACUCCCUAUACAGAAGGAGCUUUUGAAUGCCCGCAUCGAGAGCUAUCUUAUCCAGCACCUGCCUUUAGAACUCACUCCCGAACCUGUUGUGGGAGAUGAUACAAGGGAUCGCCUGGCUAUAAUGAUCGACCUCGUCCACAGCGUUGUAUCCGCUGAUGCCCGUCUAGACGGCGUUAAAAGAGUGCGCAUAGACAUUCUGAAAAAUGCUUGCCUUCGCUGUUACGGAUCUGAAGACCAAGACCGCUAUGGAAGCAAGACGUUUGGCGAUGUGGUCAGCGCUUUUGAGAAAUCCAACAUCCUAGAUUUCUCGUUUGGACUCAUCAAAGGAACAGGAUAUGGGAUUGUGUGA